AUGACGAUAGCACCGCCCUCCGCCAAUAUUCAUGUGCACCUGGUCGUCGCGGUGGCAUGGGAGUCCGAGCAGCGGGCGCAGAUACCUUCGCUAUGCAUAGCACAUAGCGUGGAUAGGUGCGUAGAUAUGUCGAUGUGCUAUUCUGACUGACAGCUCAAUUUCCCAACCAGUAGUGGCCGGGGGAGGAAGAGCAGUAGUAGUUCGCCGGAGAGAAUUGUCAACAACGUCCAGACACGAGAUGCCGGUCUUUUCAUUCCUUCCGAUGCGGGCCAUUUCGUCGCCGAGCCAGUCCUUCGCAGGUUGUUCAUUCGGUGGCUGAAGUUUCCGCUGUCCGUCUCAUCCACCACCAUCUUCAUCAUCUUCUUCAUCAUGUACAAUCCUCCCCUCCUCAUGCAGAUCAAAGUCCGGGCCUGUCUGUAUUGA